UUGUUGUUGUUUCGGUGAAGUACAGACGUGUUUAUGCGGGUGCGCAGCGUGUAAAUUGGUUGUUUGGAACAGAAAGUCAACUAAUUGAUAAACAUAAAAGUUGUGACCAGAAAUUGUCUUACAAGGUAUUCGGCUUUGCAUCAUUCUCUGUUUCAUAGCUCAGCUCAGUUGUACACGCACCUGUCAUUGUGCCCUGCCGAAUUGGAAUCGUGCGCGCGUCGCUUAGCUGCAGACGGUGUUGAAUAUUUAAAAGUUUACCCGCUUGCAAUUAUUGAAAAAGUGUUAAAAAGUGUUCGCGAGUGUGUGUGUUUGCGCGCAUUCGUGUGUGUGUUUGUGUGUACGAGAGUUUGUGACAAAGCAAACCAGUUAGUUGCCAUCCAGUUGUAACAGAUUUUUUGUUUUCAAUCUCAGUAGCUAUGCUGAAUUAAAUGUUAAUCCUGGACACAUAACCACAUAUACUCCAUAAAUACAUUCUUAUACUUGGCUAAUAGCUUUUAAGCUGUGUGCUCCUGUUUGAUCGCUAUGCGAAAUUAAUUUCGACUUUGUUCAAAGUGUUGCAAAAUUCUAAAAAUCGGUGUGUGUGUUGUGUGUUCCCCAAUUGUCCCCCCUUUUGCAAAAGGCUUACUGACACGGCGAGAAAAUGAAUAAAACCUGUGCGCGCUGCCAAAAGGUGGUUUAUCCCAUCGAAGAGCUGAAGUGUCUGGACAAGACAUGGCACAAAACGUGUUUCAAAUGCACAGAAUGCGGAAUGACGCUCAAUAUGAAAACCUACAAGGGCUACAACAAAAUGCCAUACUGUGAAGCGCACAUACCCAAGGCCAAGGCAACGGCGAUUGCGGAUACGCCCGAGCUGAAGCGCAUCGCGGAAAAUACGAAAAUCCAAUCGAACGUUAAAUACCAUGCAGACUUCGAGAAGGCCAAAGGCAAAUUUACACAGGUGGCAGACGACCCGGAAACGCUGCGCAUCAAACAAAACACGAAGCACAUAUCGAAUGUGGCAUAUCACGGCGAUCUGGAGAAGAAGGCAGCUAUGGAGAAGCAGCGCGGCUCCGCCGAGGUCUCUGACAGCAGCAACGAAUCGGAAUAUUUCUCUGAGCAAUUGGCAGCUGAACAAUUCUCGCAAUAUGCACCCACAGCCUCGCCCAUACCGCCAGCAACACUGCAUCAACAGCAGCAGCAGCAGCAGCAGCAGCACCAACAAUACCAGCAACAACAACACCAACACUAUGUACAACAACAACAAACGCUGCCACCACCACCAAUACAACACCAGCAAUACAAUACGGCGGCCAUAACGCCCACAUAUCAACACCAACACCAGCAGCUGCCACAGCAGCAGCAUCAGCUGCUGCAGCAACAAAAUCACAGGCAGCAGCAGCAGCAGCAGCAGCAACAGCCGCAGCACGAUCCAUACGCACACUAUCAACAGCCACAGGCGCUGCGCCAGCAACAGUUGCUGCAGCAGCAGCAGCAACAACAGCAACAGCAGCAACAUGCCAUUAAACAAUCCUCACAUCUGUAUCCCACAGCAAUAUCGCAGUCACAGCAGUCGCAGCAGCAGCAACAGCAACAACAGCCGCAGGCGGUCAAUAGCUACAAUCAGCUGCGCUCGGCCAUUUUGCACAACUCACAUCAUCCCAGUGGAAAUGCGGCGGACCAGUUCGAUCACAGCCAGAACUCGGCAACGGCGCUGCAUCAGCAACAGUUGCAACAGCAAUUGCAGCAGCAGCACUCACAGCAGCAACUGCAACAGCCAGCUAUCCAGCAGCAACAUUCGCACAGCAGUCUGCUGAACAACAAUGCCAGCAACGGCAGCAUUCACAGCAACAACAACAACAACAACAAUGGCGGCCUGGCACAUCCGCAUCCGGCCAGUUUGAGCUACACACAGCAGCAGCAGCAGCAACCGCAGCAGGUGCGCUCCCAGUCGAGCGUGCACAGCAACAACUCCAAGCAUCAGCUGCAGAUGCAGCAACAGCAACAUCAGAGCAACACCAAUGUGCAGCAGCUGUAUGUGGCAUCCAACUAUAGUGCGGUAACGCCUUCCGAGAACGCUUUGGGCGCCAAGCUGCAGGCCAGCAAUGGCCAUUUGAACGCACAGCAGAGCAGCAACAACAUUGGCAAAAUUGCCGACUAUGAUCCGCUGACGGACGGACCACGGCCGAUGCCAGCCACCGGACGCUCUAGCACCACUCUGGUGUACAGCUCCGAUCAGCGCGGCGCCGCAGCCGUGGGUAAUAGCGUUUAUCCCAAACGCAUUGGCUCCAUCUCGGACAUAGAUCCCGCCAAUGGCAUUUACGGCUCACUGACCAGCGAGCAGGCGCAGGCCCAGAAACAGCAGCAAUAUUAUCAGCAGGUGCAAAUGAUGCAGCAGCAGGAGCAGCAGCAACAGCAGGCGCGUCAACAGGCAGCCCAGCUGCAGGACAAACAGUCGCGCCAAGGCAACUUGCGCGUCUAUCGAGCCAUUUAUGACUAUGAGGCACAGGAUGUGGACGAGGUUAGUUUUCGCGAGGGCGAUGUUAUAUUCGAGGUGGAAUCAAUUGACUCCGGCUGGAUGACCGGACGUGUGGAGCGCACCGGCAAGACCGGCAUGCUGCCCGCCAACUAUGUGGAGCAGGCGGUUAUAUAAUAGGGAAUGUGCUACUA